AUGGCCUUCUAUCGUCGAGUGGACUCGGAGGACACCAGCAUCGUCUGGACGGAGCCGCCGGCUCCGGCGAAGAUCCUCGAGAUGCACGACGUCAGGCAGAGGAUGGGGGGCUUGGAAGCCAAGGUCCAGAUGCUCGCGUCGCAAUUCCCAGCUCGGGAGGAAGAGGAGUCUAUUGCUUCCGUCGCUUCUUCCUCGUCCUGCUCCGUGGCGCCUGAGCAGCUUUCAAGGCCAGUUGGAUCUGCAAGCUCGACAACAUCCGGCGAGGUGGACUCUCUCUGGCAUGGGGCGCCGGACUUGGAAGCUGGCGGCCCGUCCUCGGCACAGGAGACACGCUUCGGCGGCAGUGAUGCAGCGGUGCAGCUCACCGAAGUUCGGCAACGCUCCUUCCGACCAAACGAGGCGGCUGCUGGAGGCUUCCAUCCACAUCGGGUGCCCGAAAGUCGUGAUGAGCGUGACAGGCAGAAAGAGCCUGGACGUUUGCCUUGGAGCACUGUUCAGCAAGGAAGCCUUGUCCUGAUCGCGGCCUGGUGUGCGGGGUUCGCGUGGACGGUGCUGCGGUUGAUGACGGACGUGGUGGACAUCUUGAAGCCACCGAGACCUCUGCCGCACCCGGAGCUGGGCCUGGUCUUUGCUGGGCCAUGGCCGCAGUUCUUCGAGCCCGAAGGGCUGUCGUGCCAGAUGGACGGUUCUCAGCCGAUGUUCUGGCUCGUGGAGAAAUACACCGUCCACCAGCUGGUCGCCAACCAGAGCUGGACCGUUCGCACGAGUCCUCAGGAGGCAGCGUGCUUGUCAAAAGCACCAGAGUUUCAUUCCUCUGGGCUGCGUGGAAUUUCCCUGCGAUGCUCUGAUGUGACUCGCAAGGAGGCUUGUCUCCCGAUGCUUGUGGGUGUGGAUGGCAACGUCUUACUCUGCAACAACACCACGCAGAGGCUUCACCUGCGCGGCGAUGCUUCCCACGUGGCCGCAUCCAGCGAUGCUUCCGGGCUUUGGGCGAAAAGGUCGAAGGAUUUGUCUGCCGGCCCAGCCCUAUAUCGACCACUGGAAAGCGGAAAUCUAUCUGUUGCAGAAUACGUCUCCACCCUUGAGCUAGGCCAGCAGCCCGUCGCCAGAAAUCAGCACUGGAUGGAUAUGCUGGAGGAUGGUGGCCUGCUUGCUCUCAGUGACCUAGGAGUCCUCCAUGCAUGGAGGCCAGUCGCCAACUCGGCACUGUGGCUUCCAUCAGGCUGGUUCUUCAACCUGCCCGAACUGGGGCUAAGGUGGCGGGGCCUCUGUACAGUAGGGAGGACAGCCUUUCUUCUGGGAAAGAGCAAAACCGCAGCAGGCCGAGUGGAGCUUUGGAAGAUGCAGCUGCCGUCCUGA